AUGGACGCUAAAAUCGUGAUUGUAGGAUGUGGAAUAUCGGGGAUAUCCGCCGCUCAUCAACUCAUUAAAUCUGGAUUUCAGAAUGUGCGGAUUCUUGAAUCAACAUCCAGGAGUGGAGGUCGGAUUAAAACCGGCAGAUUGGGUGAGUGACAGAGUGAAAAGAUAGAAACUGCGUUAGUCACAACUUUGGAGCAUUUUGCUGCCUUUAUCAACUGUAAAUGUUUUACAGGGUUAAAACUGAUGUCUUGUCAACUUGAAGUUAGACCUGCACUACUUGAUGUCAUGUUGUAAAAACAGGGUAAAAUCCAGUAAAUCUAAUGUUGUCACUAACCCUAAAAUCAGGGACGUGUACAUAGGGGUGGAACGGGCCCCCUUUGUGAUGUUGGCCACCCCUGGUGCCACUGCAAAAUCCUAGACUAUGGUUGGGUCGUGGCUUGUCAAAUGUGUCAGUAUAUCAUAGAUAUAGAAUAUUAGAGCUAACUUGCAAUGAGCUUCGCUGUAGUCCGUUAUAGACUGGCUUGAGGUCUCGCUACAAACAAGCAGCUGCUGGAAGAGAGUAGGUGAGCUGUGUUUAGUCUCUUUGCUAAAGAAAUUAGUCAAAGUUAAAAAGCUGUUUGGUGGCUAGUGCUGUGUCUGGGACCCUGUACUGUUGAUGAAGUUAGGUGCUGUUCUGAGCAUUAUUUGUGGCUAUAGAGUGGCGUUUUGGUUGAGGUUGUUUAUGGCUCCUCAGACCGCUGUGUAUUGCUAUUGUGCGGUCGUUAAUAAAGUUGGUAUAACUAGAGAAGCAAGCGGUCCGCAACAUUCAUCUCUUGAGGGGGUGUCUAACUCUGUUAUGGUGUGUUUGACCCUAAAUUGAUUUUAUCCAGGAAUAUCCCUUUAAGUCAGUUAUCACCUGGGCCACCCCAGUCAAAACAGUACAGACAACCCCCUGCAUACAGAAAGCUACAACAAUGAAGAGUCAGCUCAGAGCAAAGCUUGCAUGAGUCAAAUGACCCUUUAUUUACUAAAACCACACUGUGGAUUUAUCUGAAGGUGAUAAAGUCGUUGAGAUUGGGGCAAACUGGAUUCACGGACCUUCUGAGGGGAACCCAGUGUUUCGUCUGGCUCGUCAGUAUGGACUUCUGGAUCCAGAGGCCUUGACCCCAGAGAAUCAGGCAAUAGACUGUGGUGGCACUCCCGUCUGGGUCCCCAAUUUCUUCAGCAGCUCAGGUAAUUAAACUUUUAUUACGUCACAUUCUGCUUUGAGGCUGAGCUAGUUUAAAAUGAUAUAUGAACAUGCUCCAACCGCUUUGAAACUCUUAAAAAAAUUAUGCAGAAGCAUUAUAUUUGUUUAUAAUUUGGAUCAAUCUCAGUUAUUCAGAGCAUACAGUAAAAGCCCUUUGUGCUUAUGCCUUAUAUCAGUGCACACAAAACGCCUCUUAACCAAUCAGUUAUAUCUGCCAGAAUAAAGUAAGUGUACAAGGACAGUUAAAAAUCAGUAUUUGUAAAAUCAACAUUUCCAAAGGAGGAAACCUGAGGCUUCACUCUUGAUUAGUAUAAACCAAGUCAUGUAAUUUGUACAGGUCGGAGGCUGACUCUUGAAGAAUACAUGCCUGCUCAGGAGAUGUUUGAUAAAGUUCUGAAUGAAAGUUCAGAGUUUGCGAGCAAAGGAGGAGAGCCCACCGCCAGUGUAGGAGAUUUCUUACGGUCAGAGGUACAUUUUCUUUUCCAGAGACUAAUAAUAAUAACGAUGGCUGCAUGUUCAUUGACCACAAGUAUCUGAAACUUUGAAAUGAUCGAGUUUGUUUGGUCCCGUUUCCUCAUGCAGAUACAAAAACAAGCAGCAGAAGAGUGGAAGGAUGUUGAUGCAAAGACAAGGUCUCUGAGACUGGGUAUGAUCAACAACAUGUUAAAGCAGCAGUGCUGUAUAAAUGGAACUCACAGCAUGGAUGAGGUGGGCCUAGGAGCCUAUGGUUUGUACAAGACUUUACCUGGACUGGACUGCACAUUCCCAAGGUGAGUGCUCAAACCUUUUACCAGUACACACACACACAAUAGAAUAUUUACUAACCAAUUUGGGGCACCCCUUGAAGAAACAGCAUGUGUCUGAUUAAUUUAGACAUUAUUUUGCUUGUCCUGCAGGGGCUAUGAAGUUCUAAUUAAAAACCUGAUGUCAGAGCUGCCCAGUGGUAUAGUUAGCUACAACAGACCUGUGCGCUGCGUCCACUGGAACAACACAGAGAGGGGAGAAAAACCUGUGAUGGUCGAGUGUGAUGAUGGAGAAAAAUUCUCUGCGGAUCACGUUAUCGUCACAGUACCUCUAGGUAGGAUGAGACGGAUACUUCCGCACAGACGGGGGACCUGAUUAUCAGCACAGGGCAGAAGUAUUAAACCAUGCUACAACAUUUAAUCAUUGGGUUGUUAUUGUUCUUCCUGUACAUUCUUAUAUUUUUUAUUAUGCUUCUUUCCAGCCCGUGAUAAAUAGUCACAAAUUUUAUGGUGGUCUGUUGUUUUGGCCCAAAGUAUUCUCUCUAAAGCACUUUGAACCCUUGUUACACGCUCUUUGCUUUGUACCCUCAGCAGCAUUGAUUUCCUGUAUUCAGCAGUGAGUUAAAGUAUCUUGUUUUUGUUUUGUAAGGAUACCUGAAGAAGCACCUUUCAGCCCUGUUCUGUCCUCCUCUGCCUCUGCACAAGCAGCACUCCAUCCAGAGACUCGGUUUUGGCACCAACAAUAAGAUAUAUGUGGAGUUUGAUUCACCGUGGUGGGAUGAUGGCUGCGAGGUCAUUGUUCUUGUGUGGGAUGAUGAGGUGAGAUGUUAAAUCAGUGAGUGGGUGCCUGUAGACACACUGUUGUAAACCUAGAUUUUGAUGUAGGACCGAACUUGAGGGGACAGAGCCUUCUCCGCUGCCGCCCCCACCCUCUGGAAUUCACUCCCAAACCCAUCCGAGACUGUACAGACCCCAAUAAUUUCAAAUUACUCCUAAAAACACACCUUUUUAAAUUGGCUUUUAACCUGUGAACUGUUCUUUUAUUGUGUUUUCAUAUUGUGUCUUUUUAACCUUUUACAUUGUUGGUCUUAUUACUCAAAAUGUUCUGUGUUUUAAAAUGUGUUUAUUCUUUGUAAAGGGUCUUUGAGCACCUGUAAAAGAGUGUUAUAAAAUUUAUUAUUAUUAUUAUUAUUAUUAUUAUUAGAUAAAGCCUAUCCCUAUUAAAUCAGAUCAACCUUUAUAACACAUAACCCAGUCUCUACACAAGGUAAUUAAACUGCCAUGUUAGAGUAAAUAUAGUAGGGCCCGACCAAUUUUAGCCCGUUUGAGACUAAUCGGUAAUCGGCCAAAACUCAGGAGGGCGUUAUGGUCAAUACUUUACCAGUAAAUACAGUAAAUUUAGCUUUGGCUUCACUUUUGGGGAGUUUUCAUGUUACCCAUUGUUUUUUGUUUUUUUUCUCUUCUCAUGUUUUAGGAUGAAAUCGUGGACCAGGUGCCAGAUUUGCAGAGAUCCUGGUUGAAAAAGCUGUUUGGCUUUACUGUCCUCAAACCCACUGAAAGGUCAAGAAAUACGUUACACAGAUGGAUAGCAUUUAAUAGGUUAUGAGUGGAAAACAAAUUUUGACAACAACGCUGUUGGUUUUAACUCCCAGGUAUGGCCAUGUUUUGUGUGGCUGGAUUGCUGGUCAUGAGUCAGAGUAUAUGGAGACACUGUCAGAACAGGAGGUCACACACUGUGUCACCCAGCUCGUCCGCAGGUUUACAGGUCAGUCUGAAACAUUUGGUGACAAUUGUAAUGUAAUGCAAUGCAUUUAAAACUUGAAUUCAGAUCCAGUUAGUCCAUAUUAUUGUAAAAACAAUACAUAAGAUACAAGAGAUAAAAUCACAUCCAUUGGUUUUUAAUUUUCUGAGAAUGCCUGUGAGUCUGAUAAAGCAAUUCCUGAAAAUUAGAACCAAUCAAAAUUUGAUGUAUGGAAUAAUUAAAGACAAGGUAAAGCCCUAAAAUCAGAUUAUUUUAUGGUAACUUUCAUUGACCUUGACUCAGGAAAUCCUGCCCUCACCCCGAGGAGAGUCCUGCGCUCUCAGUGGUUUCAUAACCCCUGGACAUGUGGAUCAUACAGUUUUCCCGGAAAACUGUGUUCAGCACAGGACCUGGAGAACAUGAUGGAGCCUCUGCCUUCAAAAGGAUCACAGGCACAGGUACAUACAUUAUAAAAAAGCAUACCAAGCAAGUAUAUCAACUUAGUCAUACCUAACUAUAACUGAGGAUUCCUUCUUUUUACUGUCUGGUCUGUUUCAGCCUCUGCAAGUGUUGUUUGCUGGAGAGGCAACACAUCACUGCUACUACUCCACCGUCCACGGAGCUGUUCUGACGGGGUGGAGAGAAGCAGAUCGACUCAUCUCUCAUUACUCCUCCUCUAGUCCAUCUGUGCCGAAGUCAAACCUUUAA